AUGAGGAGGUCGAUUUGUCGAACACACGUUGCGCAAGCUAUACAUACUCAAUCCCGUCGUACUCUCAUUCACAGUUCUCCGAGAUGGCGCCCUGAAUUGGCAUUUUCGACAUCUGCAGAUGUCGAUAUACCACCAUUUCGAAAAGAAUCCCUUCCAUUUAAAUUCGAAACGGGACUUGCCUUAUUUGCUAAGAGAAAGCCUCGACCUUUUCCUCCUCCAUUCCUAUCUCCUCCAUCGGGAUCCUUUUCCGAUCCGUUAAGUACUCAUCAUAGGAGUCGCGAUAGAAGACCUUCAGUGAACGGCGAGGUGAUUAGGGGAUAUACAAAUGGCGAUGAUGCGGUUUACUCCAGUGAUUACUUUAUUGGCGCAAAUGAUGGUGUGGGCGCCUGGUCUACAAGAGAAAGUGGUCAUGCAGGUUUAUGGUCAAGGCUAAUACUACACUUCUGGGCUGCGGAAGUAGAGAAUGACGCAAGAAGAUCUCGACCUGCAGGAAAGUACUUCGAGCCGAAUCCUAUUGAUUAUCUACAAAAGGCAUAUGAGCAAACUAUUCAAGCUACCGCGAGCCCGAAUAAAUGGCAAGGCACAACGACUGCGACCGGGGCACAAUUGCAUUAUAAAUUAGAUGAUACAGACCUUACAGCGCCCGCUACUCCUCUCUUAUACGUUACCAACAUUGGCGAUUCACAAGUGCUAGUCAUAAGACCGAAACAGGAGGAACGUGUUUUCAAAACUACAGAACAAUGGCAUUGGUUUGACUGUCCUCGACAACUUGGUACAAAUAGCCCCGACACGCCUGUUAACAAUGCUGUUAUGGAGAAGGUUGAAAUUGAGGAAAAUGAUGUCGUUCUUGCCAUGUCUGAUGGCGUAAUUGACAAUCUAUGGGAGCAUGAAAUAAUUGAAAGUGUUGUGAGUAGUAUCCGUAAGUGGGAGCGAGGUGAAGGAGGUGUAGGUACUGGAGAUCGACAAGGUGGUGCUGGAGGUGGUAUGAAAUUUGUAGCCGAUGAGCUCAUGAAAGCUGCAAAAGUGAUCGCGCAAGAUCCUUUCGCGGAGAGUCCUUUCAUGGAGCACGCUGUCGAGGAGGGUCUUGCUAUGGAAGGAGGUAAACUAGACGACAUAAGUGUAGUUGCAGCUCUAUGUAAACGCAGUAACGGAUGA